AUGCCUUCAAGCCCGCGGACGUCGAAGGACCCACCAGGGAUGAGGGUACUAUCUUAACGAAGACGUGAUCUCAAAACCCUCGGUGGCAACCAGCGUUUGCUCAUGAUUGUAGCAUGUAUGUCCAAGCUGAAACGAAUUAGAUGAAUAAGUAGUUUGAUUCAUUCUUUUUCCUUCUACUUGUGUAACCAAGAUUACUCUGGUGCUUUCUUCAACUACAGAUCCUGGGCCUAGGUCUGGGUGAAAGUGGUGUUUUUGAAAAAACGAAAGCGAUGGAGCAGGAAUUGCAGGAAUUCUUUGCGAAAAAGGCAGUUGCAACAGGAACAGGCGUGAUGGACACUAGCACUAUGCCUCUAGGGGAAACGAUAGCUAGAAGGGGUACGUCGAAGUCAAAAACGGAUCGCGACGAUGCAAGUUGUAGUACCGAACUAGGCAGUGGCUCCUCGUGCUCCUCAGCUUCCGCUGCGGCAGGUGGUGCAGGCGCAAAUCUUAAUGUGCUGCAACAGGAUGAACUUAGAAUAGGAAAUUUAGCUGCGGCUCCUUCGUUUCAAUUUUUCAAUCGCGAAGCUAGCGUGGAUGAAUUGGAGAAGCAGGUGGCGGCGAUGAAGUCUAAUGUGUCAACGCCUUUGAAACGGGCAGUAAGUGGUGUAGAUCUGCUGGAGGGGCCACACGCUUCAGCGGAUCGUCAUGGUAGUUCAUCUAAAACAUUAACAGGCCAGGAGCCAUCAAACAACGGCGAUUAUGUUCGUGGUUCUGCAGCGCCCGUUCCUGGUGGGUCAGGGGGGACAGCAAAUCCAAGUGCAGGCCGUUUCUCGUGGAUGGCCUCGCCAAUAUAUGCUGCGGGCUUUCGUCCACCGAUGCGCGGAGGUGCGUCUACUGCGGGGACCCCUAUGAUAGGUAGCAAAGCUAGCGCUGAUCAUUUACUUGCGCCACCAUCGAGUGAUGACCUCUUCGGACAGAAGCGAAGCUUUUCGGUUGUUCGUGCGCCGCUUAACAACGCGAACGUGACUCCAACGGGAGGUCGAGAUUCUACUUCUAGGAUGCUCCUACGUGAUGGUAUGAAUGCAGUAAGUGGAGGGCCGCUGAGUACACCGAGUGCGGUAUCAGCGCGGGCGCUGGAGGAGUUCUAUGCAGUUUCGGCACCACGGCAGUCCUGGAAGUAUGUUGGAGCAUCUGCUGCUUUGUUGCCAGAACGCGAAGACGAGGAUCCGGUGCUGCCAUUGCCGGGAGAAGAACCACUCCUGACUUUGCGCAAAGAGGUAGCACGCAUGCCUCGAUCGCUCUUCCCUGACGUUGUGGCUUUUAUGGAGGCAGAACGCACUCCUUCGGAGUCUAGUGUGGCGAACCACCUUUCUUGUACACCGUCCAUGCUUGGAAAUGAAGUUCCUACAGAAGGAGACGUACUAUCUUCUUCAGCAAGUCCCUUUGGACGAGGGAAUAGGCAGCAAGUAAAGCUGGAGACAUACCAAAAUGCGGAUCGGAGAUUGCGAGGCAUAUACCAUGACCGCAAGAUGAAAGGGUCAACAUCAUCGCUUUUUAGGUAUUCUGCAAAACCGGGAGACGGAGAUGGCGAUUACUUUUUGGAGACAGCAACUCAAGGGAUUGAACAGUCAUCUGAGCAAGGUGAUACAGAGGAAGGCCUAGAGACAAGAUCGGCUGAGAAUUUGCGGAUUCCGAUUUUAGGCGGCCAGCUGUGUCAUGAACCUUGGAGAGAGGAGAACAUUGAUCUGUUGAGUCCAGCAAAACUCUUGUUUCCUGUUCGGGAGCCUCGACUUGCAGCUUCGGAGCGCCACUACAACACCUCGAGCAUCGACGAUUCGACAUCUGCAUCCAGUAAGGGAGCGACUGAGAAAAGAGGCUGGUGGGAGACGCGGCCGCGUGGUGCCGUAAAGCCUUUCCGGUUGGAGCCGCCAGUAAGAUUGGCCCAGAGGCCGCUCUACGAAGUGACUAAGUCGGAACAACAGGCUGUGCAGGAAGCCUUGCAGCGCCGCCUUGAGGCGGAGCGGCUGCGCAAAGCCGUUCUGGAGGAGGAAAAUGCGAAGCCGAAAGUCGAUCCGGACUCAAUGGUGCUGUCUGCUUUCCACUGUCGCAGCUACUUGUCCGCGUCGAGCUAUCUGACGAGGCCGCCAGGGCGGGCAACGAGCGUGCCGCCACCAGCUAAAAGCGCAGCAAGCACUCGCGACCGGUCAUCCGGAUCCGAGUGGACCAUCGCUGCUAGACAUGCUCAAAAAUUCGGGGAGCAAUCAAAAUUGGUUGGUGCGUACACAGAGGAGCGGCGGAAACUGCUUGAAACGUUAGACGUGCACAAGCCUCCGCCGGGUACAACUAGAGGACAUUUCUGGAUUGCGUAUGUACUUAGUUACUUCAGGAGCUGGCCGUGAUUUUUUACUAGUCUGGAACAGAAUUCUAUGUUAUAGUCAUUGAAUACCUCAGGUUCGAGAAAAGGACUGCAACAUCGUGCGAAACCGUCUUCAGAAAUGGGGCAACGCCUAGCGCGGGAGUCGAGUUACGACAUUUUCAUGCGAAACCUGAACCGCGUCUCAGAAAAGAGUAUUGAAAUUGCCCUAGAUGAGGAAACCUAAAACAUUGGAGUUGUAGUACCAGAUCCACGUUGAUUUGAAUUUGUGAGGCAACAAAUCUUUGAGACGAAAGAAGAAAGAUUACGACCUGAAAGACUUUUCUUUGCAAUAAAAAUCAGAAGCGCAACGGGCAAGCAGUGUAUUCGUACGAGAUCCGAGUGGUGCCGGCUUUCAGGUGGCACGCACUGGCGAUCGAGACCCUCUAACUCUUUCGGGAGCUUUCCGAGAUUCACAGCGCUGGGACAUUCCAUCCUAUUCGAGACAGACGCAGUUACUGCAGCAAUGAUUCCCUUCGUCAAUCGAGCAAGCUGUACAACUAGAGAGUCGUCGAAUGCCUUCUGUAAGAAUACUCGCCAAGAAAAAAGCCAUCGCCGCCUAAAAACGCGCCUCGAUGAUAAUUCGCGAAUGGACUAGAUUUUUGUCAUUUGGGGGAGCCGUCCAGACCCGGUUUACAAACUAAUUUUAAGCGAAGACAACGAUGAUGAGCAUUGUUAAAGACUAUACAAUGAACAUGAACAUUACCUGCAUUCUUGUCUCCAGCCAGAUUCAAUUUUAUGAAUCGAGGGAUCCACCGCUUUUUUCUUUGUUGCUCAAGAAACCAGCACGCGAGGACCGAUGAAAAUAUUCAAAAAACGCCACGCCACGGAAAAAUUCAAGCUUUGCUAUACACCUACGUCAGAAAAACAAGUUACGCUGUGCGAUAGAAGCAAUUACGUUACAAAAACAAGUUGCGUGAGAUGAAGAUAAUAACUACAAACACCAGUAAGAAAAAUCAUAGACGACCACGGUUACAUCAACAUAUCAUUAUCAUGCUCAAUCGAAUCAUCGCAGCCAUUUGCUUGAGAUAUUUUUAGAGGCAGUCUCUCUUGGAGUACUCAGAUUAAUGCGUGGUCGAGCCAUGAUUCACGUGACGGCUCCCUGAUAUGUGUGCAUGCAAUUGAAUGGCAACUAGAAUGGUCUUUGUGUGGUUUCUAUUGGCAGCUCGAAGAAUCAUUCUUUUUGCGAAUUUUCCCCUUUGCACAAAGAAAGCAAAUCUAUCAUUGUCGUAAAACAAGAGAGAAGGCUUAUUAUACAU